UAUCACAUGACACCGCCCUCUACAAGCUACUACUAGCUUGUUGCUAGCACUCCUAAAAUGGCAGCGUUUUUACAAUGGAGAAAAUUUGUCUUCUUCGAUAAAGACACGGUGAAAGACCCUGUGGACAAUGGGAAAAACUUUGUGCUUCCACCCGGGAUAUCGACGUGUGACUCCGGCCGUGGGCAUAUUGUUCUGGGAGAUAUGGAUGGUAAGAUCUGGCUCAUGACACGUUCUCUCCAGUUAACGUCUUUUCAAGCCUACAAGUUGCGAGUAACACACCUCUACCAGCUGAAACAACAUAGCAUCCUUGUAUCAGUGGGUCAGGAUGAACAUGGAAUAAACCCUCUAGUUAAAGUUUGGAAUCUUGACAAGAGAGACAGUGGGAAUCCUCUCUGCACUAGGAUUUUCCCUGCUAUCCCUGGCAACAAACCAACUGAAGUGUCAUGCCUCAGUGUCCAUGAGAACCUGAACUUCAUGGCUAUUGGUUUUACAGAUGGCAGUGUGGUUUUGACUAAGGGUGACAUCACCAGGGAUCGUCACAGUAAAACUCUAACUCUGCAUGAAGGAACCAGCCCAGUUACUGGCCUUGCCUUCCGCCAAAUGGCCAAAGUCACAAAUCUGUUUGUCGCCACUCUGGAGAAAGUUCAUUGCUACACCCUGUCCAUCAAAGAGUAUCCCAAAGUGGAACUGGAUACACACGGCUGUGCCCUGCGCUGCUCCGCCCUCGCCGACCCCUCCCAGGAUUCUCAGUUCAUUGUAGCAGGUGACGAAUGUGUGUAUUUAUACCAGCCUGAUGAGCGAGGGCCUUGCUUCGCUUUUGAUGGACACAAGCUGUUGGCCCACUGGCACCGUGGGUAUUUGUUCUUACUCAUCAGAGACACAAAGUCACCAAACAAAACGGCGUUUGGAAGCAGAGAGAGCUCCCCAUCAGACAAACAACUUCUGACCAUCUAUGACCUGGACAACAAGUUUAUCGCCUACAGUGCCUCUUUUGAUGACGUUAUUGAUGUUGUAGCAGAGUGGGGCUCGUUCUACAUCCUGACCAGAGAUGGAAAAGUCUGUGUUCUUCAGGAGAAAGACACACAAACCAAACUAGAGAUGCUGUUUAAGAAGAACUUGUUUGUUAUGGCAAUAAACCUUGCAAAGAGCCAACACCUGGACAGUGAUGGGCUGUCAGAGAUCUUUAGACAGUAUGGGGAUCACCUGUACCUUAAGGGAGACCAUGACGGUGCCAUACAGCAGUACAUUCGCACCAUUGGGAAGCUUGAGCCAUCGUACGUCAUCAGAAAAUUCUUAGACGCGCAGAGGAUCCACAACCUGACGGCGUAUCUUCAAGCCCUUCACAGACAGUCACUGGCCAACGCAGACCACACCACACUUCUGCUAAACUGUUACACCAAGCUGAAGGACAGUUCCAAGCUCGAAGAGUUCAUCAAGAGCAGUGAGGGAGAGGUACACUUUGAUGUUGAGAUCGCCAUCAAGGUUCUCCGCCAGGCCGGCUACCACAGCCAUGCAGUUUUCCUGGCCGAGAAACACAUGCAUCAUGAGUGGUACCUGAAGAUCCAACUGGAGGACCUCAAGAAUUACCACGAAGCGCUUCGUUACAUUGGACGCUUGCCAUUUGAACAAGCUGAGAGCAACAUGAAGCGCUACGGGAAGACCCUGAUGCACCACGUUCCUGAAGGCACAACGCUGCUCCUGAAAGGCUUGUGCACCAACUACCAGCCAAGCGGAGAUGCAGCAGAAAAAGACAGUUUGGACAGAAGUCUGGUCAAUAAGGCCAACUCUGAGGAGUUCAUUCCGAUUUUCGCCAAUAACCCUCGAGAACUGAAAGCCUUCCUGGAGCACAUGAUUGAGGUGGAUCCCCGAUCUCCUCAGGGUGUUUAUGACACACUGCUGGAGCUCCGACUGCAAGACUGGGCACAUGAACAGGAUGUUGAGAGAAAGAAGGUCCUGCAGAUGGAAGCAGUGUCACUGCUGAGGAGUGACAACACGGUGUUUGACAAAGCCCUGGUCCUCUGCCAGAUGCACAACUUUAAAGAAGGUGUCCUCUACCUCUAUGAGAAGGGCAAACUGUACCAACAGAUAAUGCACUACCACAUGCAGAAUGAAGAGUAUGGGAAGGUGGUGGAUGCCUGCAAACGCUACGGGGACCAGGAGGGUUGUCUGUGGGAGCAAGCGCUGGGAUACUUUGCCAGGAAAGAAGAGGACUGCAAGGCAUACAUCAGUGAGGUCCUGCAGCACAUCGACCAAAACAACCUGAUGCCUCCAUUACUUGUGGUGCAGACGCUGGCACACAACUCGACGGCAACAUUAUCAGUCAUCAAGGACUACCUCAUCAACAAACUGCAGAGGGAGAGCCAACAAAUUGAGGACGAUGACCGCAAAAUCCGCCAAUAUCGGGAGGAAACGGCUCACCUCCGCGCAGAAAUCCAAGAGCUCAAAACAAGUGCCAAGAUUUUCCAGAAGACAAAGUGCAACAUGUGUAACAGCCCCCUGGAGCUGCCAUCCGUCCAUUUCCUGUGCAGCCACUCCUUCCACCAGCACUGCUUUGAAAGCUACGCUGAGAGCGAGGCUGAGUGUCCAACCUGCACACCUGAGAACCGCAAAGUCAUGGACAUGCUGCGCGCCCAAGACCAGAAACGGGACCUGCACGAUCAUUUUAACAGACAGUUACGCUCCUCCAAUGAUGGCUUCUCCGUUGUGGCUGAUUACUUCAGUCGGGGAGUCUUCAACAAACUCACUCUGGUCACCGAUCCGCCUGGAAACAAAAAUGUCGGAAGCCUAGAAGUAAAUCUGCAGAGGGACCUUCUCAUUCACACUAAGAGAAACUGCUAGAAACCUCAGCUUAUGAAUUUGGUCUGAAUGCAGCCUGAUUUAUGUUGAGCUUCUUAUGAGCACAGGUUCCUGAUCAUACACUCUGCUGCACAGGAUGUCACUUUAUUGAACUGCUUUUCGCCGCCUGUGAUUGACUCAUUUUCUUAUUUUGCAUUCCUAGUAUGAGCCAUGGUUUACUGUAAACAUGUUAAAUUGUAUUGUAGGUCAAACAUGUGAGGCUAUUAUUAAACCUUGCUGAAACACAACACAGACAUUUUUGGUUCAGUUUAUGUGCAUGUACUUGUGUAAAUUUACACACUCAAAAACAGUUUAACCAUGAGUCACUCUUAAAACAAUGCCUGUAAAUGAAACAGAGGAAAUAAACUUGUGAAUAUUGUCCAAACUUAA